AUGGAAGAGGAAGGGAUUGAAGAGAGUAGUAAGAGGUUGUUGAGGAGAAGUGCCAGCAGCGGCGGCGGGGAGUCCUCAAGGUGGGUGGAUGGAAGUGAAGUGGAUUCAGAGUCACCACCAUGGUCUUUGAUUGGGGAUGAAGAGAUUAGGGAAGGGUAUGGAUCUAUUAGAAGAAGGCUAGUGAAGAAGCCUCGAAGAGUUGAUUCUUUUGAUGUUGAAGCCAUGGAGAUUACUGGCUCUCAUGGCCACCAUAACAAGGAUGCGUCUCUUUGGCAAACAUUUGCACUGGCAUUUCAAACACUUGGUGUUGUAUAUGGUGAUAUGGGAACCAGCCCCCUAUAUGUCUUUUCUGAUGUAUUCAGCAAGGUGCCCAUCACGUCAGAUGUUGAUGUCUUGGGGGCUUUAUCACUAGUGAUGUACACUAUUGCUCUCAUUCCUCUAACAAAAUAUGUGUUUGUGGUGCUCAAGGCAAAUGAUAAUGGGGAAGGAGGAACAUUUGCAUUAUACUCGCUAAUUUGCAGGUAUGCAAAUGUUAAUCUUCUUCCAAAUCGCCAACAGGCUGAUGAACACAUUUCUAGUUUUAAACUCAAACUUCCCACUCCGGAGUUGGAAAGGGCUUUGAAUAUCAAGGAGACAUUGGAACACAAGAUCUCUUUGAAAAUUCUUCUCUUGCUGUUGGUUCUUAUGGGAACAUCUAUGAUUAUAGGGGAUGGUAUUCUGACCCCAGCGAUAUCAGUCAUGUCUGCUGUGAGCGGUCUGCAGGUUCGGAUACCAGGAUUUGGUACAGAUGCUCUCGUCAUCACGUCAAUUAUUAUCCUCGUGGGAUUGUUUAGCAUACAGAGGUUUGGGACAACCAAAGUGGGAUUCACAUUUGCUCCUGCCCUGGCUUUAUGGUUCUUUAGUCUAGGAUCUAUUGGCAUUUACAAUCUAGUUAAGCAUGAUGUAACUGUCAUAAGGGCAUUCAAUCCUUUCUACAUCUAUCUAUUCUUCAAGAAAAAUAGCAUCAAGGCAUGGUCAUCACUUGGUGGUUGUGUAUUAUGCAUCACAGGUGCAGAAGCAAUGUUUGCCGAUUUAGGUCAUUUCUCAGUGCCAUCCAUACAGAUUGCUUUCACUGUUGUGGUCUUUCCCUGCCUCCUCUUAGCUUACAUGGGCCAAGCUGCGUAUCUUAUGAAGCAUCCUGAUUUAGCUAGUACUAUAUUUUAUGAAUCUGUUCCAGACCGUCUUUUCUGGCCAGUGUUCGCAAUAGCCACAAUUGCUGCUAUAAUUGCUAGUCAGGCUAUGAUAUCUGCUUCUUUCUCAUGCAUCAAGCAAUCCAUGGCUCUUGGAUGCUUCCCGAGGCUGAAAAUAGUACACACUUCUAGAAAACUAAUGGGUCAAAUAUACAUACCUGUCAUCAAUUGGUUUUUGAUGGCCAUGUGCAUUAUUGUGGUUGCGGCAUUUCGGAGCACUUCAGACAUAGCCAAUGCCUACGGCAUUGCUGAAGUUGGUGUCAUGCUUGUCAGCACUACCCUUGUUACACUUGUUAUGCUGCUAAUAUGGCAGACUAACUUGUUUUUGGCUCUCUGUUUCCCACUCGUGUUUGGAACAAUCGAGCUAAUUUACCUGUCUGCUGUUCUAUCCAAGAUCAAGGAGGGAGGUUGGCUUCCACUUGUAUUUGCUUCUUUCUUCCUCUGUAUUAUGUAUAUUUGGAACUACGGAAGUGUGUUGAAAUACCAAAGUGAGGUCAGGGAAAAGAUUUCUAUGGAUUUCAUGAUUGAACUUGGCUCUUCUCUUGGGACAGUACGAACCCCAGGGAUUGGAUUAUUGUACAAUGAGCUCGUCCAUGGUAUUCCCUCUGUUUUGGGACAGUUUCUGCUGGAUCUUCCGGCAAUUCAUUCCACCAUAGUCUUUGUCUGCAUCAAAUAUGUCCCAAUACCUGUAGUCCCUCAAGAAGAAAGGUUUUUGUUCAGAAGGGUUUGCCCGAAAGACUAUCAUAUGUUCCAGUGUAUUGCCCGGUAUGGUUAUAAGGAUGUUAGAAAAGAAGAUCACCAUUCAUUUGAGCAACUUUUGAUGGAAAGCCUUGAAAAAUUUUUAAGAAAAGAGGCUCUGGAUAUUGCUAUGGAGAGCGGUCAGAAUGACUCGGAGAUUGAUAGCAUUUCCAUGAGGUCACGGGAUGCUGACAUCCACGAUGCUGAUGGAUCAGUGGAUCUUAGGGUCCCACUAAUGCAUGGUCAAAGAGUGGAAGAAACAGAAAGCUCAAUACCAGGAGGAUCUCUCUUAAACUUGCCAGUUAGCGCCAUGUCAGCAGAUGAAGAUCCCAGUCUUGAAUACGAGCUAUCAGCACUACGAGAGGCUACGGAUUCAGGAUUUACGUACUUGCUCGGUCAUGGUGAUGUGAGAGCAAAGAAGAACUCGUUGUUCCUUAAGAAACUCAUUAUAAAUUACUUCUACGCAUUCUUGAGGCAUAACUGCAGAGGCGGUGCUGCAACGAUGAAGGUUCCUCACAUGAACAUAAUCCAAGUUGCCAAGACAUACAUGGUCUGA